AUGACACAACUUCUUGUUUUAGAUGUAUCAAGUAAUGUACUCACAGGUCCCAUUCCACAGUCAAUUUCAAAACUUGUUAACCUGGUUAACCUCAAUCUUUCAUACAAUAAUUUCAGCGGUGUGGAGCUACAUGUAUUCUUGAACCUCAAAAAACUUGAGUUACUUGAUCUUUCUUCGAAUAAUCUGUCAGUAAGAGCCGGACCACUGUCAGUUCCACCACUUGCUGUGUCUUACUUUUUCAUCUCACAAAAUAAGCUCAUCGGAGAUAUCCCUUUAUCGAUUUGCAAUUCAAGCUCCCUUAAGAUCCUUGAUUUGUCUCAUAACAACAUGAGUGGCGUAAUUCCACAAUGUUUGGGAAACUCAACCCUCUCGGUGUUAGAUCUACGGGUGAAUGGAUUUCAUGGGACUAUUCCAACAUUCGCUAAUGGAGAACUGCCUCGAUCUCUGGCCAAUUGUAGACACAUGGAAAUACUAGACCUGGGAAACAACAAACUAAAUGAUACAUUCCCCUAUUGGCUGGACUCUCUUCCAAAAUUGCAGGUUCUUAUUCUCAAAUCAAAUAGAUUUCAUGGUCCUAUAAACAGUUCAAGGACUAUAGAUCCUUUUUGUAUGCUUCGUAUAAUAGACAUCUCUCAUAAUGAGUUCACUGGUUUUUUGCCAGCAAGAUAUUUACAAAAUUUCAAAGCCAUGAGGAAUGUGGAUGGAAAUACAAUGACCUUGAAAUACAUGGGGCAAAAUUAUUGUCGAGAUUCUGUAAAGAUAGUCAUAAAGGGGUUGAAUAUUGAACUAUUAAAUAUUCUAUACUUCUUCACAGCAAUUGACUUCUCAGACAACAAAUUCAAAGGAGCGAUUCCAAAUGUCAUUGGAAGGCUACAAGCACUCCGAUUACUUAAUUUGUCCCAUAACUGCCUUACGAGUCAUAUCCCAUCAUCGAUGGGAAAUCUAUCAAUGCUUGAAUCGUUAGACCUCUCUUCGAACCAAUUAUAUGGGGGAGAUACCAGGGCAACUCACAAGUCUAACAUUUCUUGCAGUCCUAAACCUUUCAAAGAACCAUCUAGUUGGGCCUAUACCUCAAGGCAAACAAUUUGA